CAGGGCCCGUAUCCUUAAAGAUUCUGAGAAUCCUCUCAGAGAGCUCCUAACUUAACCUAAAAAUUCCUUGCCAGGAGUUUUAGCUUAGAAGUGAUUCCAGAACAUUUUCAGUGAACUCUGAGCCAGGAAUGGAUGAAAAAUCCUAUCUUAGUGAGGAGGUGUGGUUGACCCCGUUGCUAGGUAUGAGUCAUCAUUUCAAAAGCCGUGAUUGGUUGAUCCUACAAGUUUGAUGAAAAUGAACUUUUGGUGAUAAUGAGCAAAGGAUGUACCCUCAAAUCAAUAAACAUAAUUAUACACUCUAAUCUUAUGCAGACUAUAAUUGUAAAUAAUAUUUCACAUUCAAGAAAAUAUCUGGAAAAUGAAUAGUAAGCUGUAGGGGUUAUAGCCUAACAUUAGAAUCUAAAAUAUGUGAAAACUUAAGCUCAUUACACCCUGUUCAAAUAAUGAUUUGUGUCUCAUUUGCUCAUAUUAAUAUCCUAGCUGGCAUAUUUUGUACUUUCACUUCCAUAUGGACCCCAUUGAAAACAAGAUGGCCUAUCUCAAGGGGCUGUCCUUAAUGAAGUAGAAAUUGCAACGUUACAACUCAGUGUGAACUUAACGAGGGUAACACAGCUCAGCUUUUAACAAUGUCUGUGAUUGCUGGCUGGUCUAUUUAUGAAGGCUUGUUAACAAAUAUCCUACAAACACAGAAAAUGGAGAAAAAAAGGAAUCGCAAGCCGAACUGGACUGAGGAGCAAGGUUUGUUGCUGGCCCAGUUGGUGAACGAACAUAAAGGCGACGAUUGUGAGAAAAGGUGGUAUGUGCUGCAGUCCAAGGCAAAAGAUGAGAUUGCAGCACACAAGCGGGAAUCCUCACUCACAGGGGGUGGACCACCUGCAAAGCGGCUGUCCCAGGUGGCCGACACUGUCUUUCAAGUCCUGGGACACUCUGAGGUCAGUGUCACCGGGCUGCCAACAGGCAUUGACACGUCAAUGAUGCAGGCCCUUGAAAUGCAGCAAAGGCCUAUGUAUUUCUGUAGCAUGGAGCCAUCACAAGAACCGGGCCCAUCAAGUUUGCCGCCUGAACCAUCUGCAGCUGCUACUCAGGAUAGCCCGGCGGAUCAAACACCAUUCCCAUCCGCAGCACCUGCUCCGUCAGCAUCCCUGCAGGAGAGAAGAUUGCAACUCACAAUUGAUGUGUUUGAACAACAAAAAAAAGUCCUUUCCCUUCAGGAGGAGUACUACCGCCUUAAAAUUGAACACCUAAAAAAUAAACCAUUUAGCGAUUGUGUUCUGUGUCUUGCAUUUAACAGUUGCAGGUGAUGUGCAGUAAAACUGUGGUAGUUCUUAAUACCAUCACAAGUUCUCAAAUGACAUGGGGCUACAGCUUGCCUGAAAU